CUUUAACCUUAUUGUCUGUGAAAAACCACUGAUGACUUGUCUUUUUUUAACCAUUAACAUUUUGAGUAAUCGGUGAAGGCAUUUAGCGAUUAGAAAUAUGUAAUAAAACGUAUAGUUUAAAAAUUGGCAUAAAGUGAAACACGGACAUUUAAAUAGUUCUUUGUCAAAGAAUGUGGAUUCCUUAUUCUAAAAUUCAUCGUGCUUGAAAGCUGUGCAUGUAGUUAUAGUCAUUGACAGCGAAAUGAUUUUUUUCGUGCAAUUACUGGCUUUUUAUAUUGUCCAUGGGACAUUUGCUCUUGGUACUUUAUACAAAAGCACCGCUUCUUGUUACGGCGUUAUCUCACCAGCCAGUAAUUUUAUGUUUUCCACAUGUCCACCUGGAGAAGUAAUUGCAAUAAAGGACAUAACGGUCGCAUACAAAGCAGCGGCACUGAAUUGCACUUUUGACAACGUCCAAGAUCAGUUUCAACUUUGUUGUUCGAAUAUAACCGAACAAGACUGCCAAAUGUCAUAUAAUUUUCACCCCAAUAAUGCAGUUCAGUAUAUAGAAAAAUGCAAUGGUAGAAGUAGUUGCAACGUGAUGGCUACUGUUGUUCUGCUACAAGAUUGUAGUGGAGUACCAGACCACUAUCCAAACUACAUGCAUAUAAACUACUAUUGCAUACCUGAAACGAGUAUUCUUAGCAUUAUGUCUGGAACGAUAACCUCUUCGAGCUUAGGGCAGUCGGUUUAUCUGCAAAGUCCAGGUUUCAACAACGGUCAGAAGAUCCCGUCGAAAGAAACUUUGUCUUGCUCUGUCCACACGUGUGAUAUGGACUCAACACUCUCUAUAGCAAUAUACCAGAUUGUGAUGGAAAACAAGUGGGCCCAGUGCGAACAAAGACUUUUAGUGAAAAGAUCCGACGGAAGUAUAAUCUAUGAGUGGCAAUGUAAGGACAACAAUGCCAUGCCGGAAAUAUUGCAAACACUCGAACAGAAUCUUACAAUCCACUUGGAGAAUACACUGCCUAAAGAUUUGGGCUCGUUUUGGCUAGGAUUUGCUGGAUCCUCUCCAGAUAGUAGGGUAACGGUCUCAUGCACAUCAGAAACGAAACAAUGUCCUGAUUUAUCGACAACAACUUUGCAAUCAACAAUAGUUGAUACAAAAACUUUGGAAUCAACAACAGUUGAAACAACAACUUUGGAAUCAACAACAGUUGAAACACCAGGUUCACCUAAAGGUUUGCAGAAAGAAGAUAUUGUCAUCGCCGUAGGAGGAGUAGCGGGUUUUGGUUUAAUUGCUUUUAUGCUUUCGAUCGUUUUUAUUCGAAGGAGGAUAAAUAAGAGAAAGGCACAUCAAAAUGCCGAUCCCGAAACAACUGCACAGACAGCAUAUCGAAUGCAUCUUCCUACAAUUGACGAAACAAGAUCAGUAGCCAAAAGUUUAAACAUUACCCACGUAAUAUGGCACAGGGUAAACGCCAAAGACAUAGAACACAAAAACCAAAAAUCACAAGCAAAAAACUUGGAACAACCGCACACAACUCCACUAACAACACAUUCCGUUUGUUCUAAUUCAACAUACGGAUUCCUUGGUAGAAUUGCGGGUGACAGGGGCUCACACACAAGGCCUAAAAAUCCUUUUCGACAUAGCAACUCGUAAUAAGAUGGCUAUUUGCCUUUACUGGAUGAAUAGAAAUAUUAUCAGGGUCACAUUUUUGUUUCAAUAUUGUUCAGAUAGGAAACUAAAUGUGUUUUGACCUACGUUCAUCAUUAUAUCGGCGUACACUAGUGCAGGUCGGCCACAGAACCCAGCUGAUGCCAACAAGUGAAUUAAAAACGUAACACCAAUCCAGAUGUGGCCGUAACAUUGCUGCUCGUCGCCCAUUCUCAAACAUACAGGAAAUGAUUCAUUCUAAUGUAAAACGUCUGUCUAUUUCUAUUCUUGAAAUAUUGUUAUUAUCAAUUUUAAAAGCCUUAGAACUCUUCAAAAUGAGAAUAUUUUACAAGUUAUACCAAAACAAAUAAGUGUAGAUCGUUCGCGAAAUUGGGGCCAGAUGUACAUGUGUUGAAAAAUGCAAGUCACUUAUUUGCUUUCAUUGAGUCUUUCUUUUUAUUUGUUUAUUUAUUUAUUAAAGUUUGGUAUAUAUCUGCUGUUGU